AUGCAUCAAGUCGAGGCCGGACCGACAUGUGGGUGUCAACUGAAAGAUCCAUCUAUUAUGUCGAGUUCGAUAAAAGAAUCAUCAAUUAUUCAAUUUGCUGUUGGUUGUAUUUGUUCCACAAAAACAAGAAAAUUUUGUGGUGUGGGUAUUCAAGAAUUCGAAUUUGGGGAGUUAAUAAGAAGGAUCUGGAGAUUUUCAUACAGGGGUUCGCUUCUUAAUAUGUGA